AGAGCACAGAAUUGACUGGAAAAGUGCGAAUAUAUGUAUACGCACGGGUAAGCAGGUCUUUAAUUAGCUUAGCCGGGGAAGAGAAAUUGAAUGUUUGUUUUGCAGUGAUAAAGCGACACGCUAGCAACAAAUAGUGACCGCGAAAAACACACAUUUUUAGGGUUGGAGGUAGUAAUGUUUGUGAAAAAAAACUAGAUAUAGUUUUGACGAUUUUUGCGUUAAGCGUACAAAGUAUUUAUUAUUAUAUUUGUUACUCCCUUUGAUUUUACUCCAACGUUUGACCGGCUCACGAAACUUGGGUGCAGGCGUGUGUAAUAAGAAGAGUGGAGGCACAAUGUUGAACGCCACGAAUGGCGACCCUGGUCAUGUUGUUGUCAAUUAUGUGGAAGAGUACUUGGACCUGGUGGAGUCACUCCCCUUUGAUUUGCAGAGGAGUGUGUCCCUCAUGAAGGAAAUUGAUGCCAGAUAUCAAGACGUUCUGAAGGAGCUUGAGGAUGCGUACGAGCGGUAUCACAAGGAAUCGGAUUCACCUCAGAGGCACAAGCUGCAGGUGUCCAUCCAGAGGGCGCUGAUCCGCAGUCAGGAGCUCGGAGAUGAGAAGAUUCAGAUUGCUGGACAAAUGGUGGAGCUGGUGGAGAACCGAACUCGGCAGUUAGAUUGGCAUUCCGAACUCCUCGUCUCCUCCCAAGAAGCGCCAGAGAGUCACAUCGCCACAACAGCAUCCUUGGUGACUGCAGCAGCGUCCAUGAUCUCGUCAUCCUCGUCUUCGUCCACCGCCACGCCGAGCAAAACGAGCCACCAUGACAAGAAGCGCGACGAGGUCACGCCGAGCUCGGCGGGAGGAGACAAAGCCAGCGGCAAGCGCUCCAGGCGGCAGAAGAACGGCGAGAGCAGGGAGAGCUACGGCGGCCUGGACGCCGCAGAGGACGUCGGUGCCGGGGCGUCCCGGGAGAAGAGGGCCAAGACCUCGUCUAAGAAGAAGAAGAGGUCCAAGGGGAAGUCCGAGCGGGAGGUGUCGCCGCCGGACCUGCCCAUUGACCCCGACGAGCCCACGUACUGCCUGUGCGAGCAGGUGUCUUACGGCGAGAUGAUCGGCUGCGACAAUGACGAGUGUCCCAUCGAGUGGUUCCACUUCUCCUGCGUGGGCCUCCAUCACAAGCCCAAAGGCAAGUGGUACUGCCCAAAGUGUCGCGGCGAGAAUGAGAAGACCAUGGACAAAGCCUUGGAGAGGGCCAAGAAGGAACGGGCGUACAACAGGUAGCCACCCCUGGCCCUCCAAGAACACUUCGACAAUUUUAGUAUUAUUAUUACCACUAGCUUUUGUCUGUGUUAUUGCUGAAUAGUUCUGUAAAUAGUUAUUUUUCUAAGACUGCCUCCUACUUGUCAGGACAUUGUUCUGAAGCAGGGGUGGGGAACCUGUUUUAUUAGGCCUCUGAGGGCCAUACAAAAUUGAGGGUAAAAUGAUGGGAACGAGCAGUUCUGUGAAACAGUGCUUAGCACGUCUGCUUCAUAGUUCUGAGGUGCAGGGAUGGAAUCUGUGCUGUGGCCUUCCAGUGUGGAGUUUGCGUUAUGUGUUUCAAAAACAUGCACAUUAGGCUUAUUGAAGACUCUAAAUUGUCUGUGUGAAUGUGAGCGUAAAUGGUUGUCUAUCUAUAUAUGCCCUGUGAUUGGCUGACAGCCAGUCCAGGGUGUACUAUGCCUCUUGCCAAAAGUUAGCUGGAAUUGACUCCAGCUCACCUGCGACCUGAGGAUAAAGUUAUAGCAAAUGGAUGGAUGUGGCAAUGACCUCACAAGUGUUGUUAUGAGCAUUUAUGAGGUCAAUAUGUUUAUAACAGUUGUUUUGAGGUUUUAUUUGUUUCUAUAAUGGCGGAUAAAAUGCUCUCGCAGGUUCCCCACCCUUGCACAAUGUGCAUGUUAGUAAGCGGACGUCCUACACUUUCAUCUAGUUUCCACGUGCAUGCAGCAUCUCCCAUUCAAGUGUGUGCAGUUAACAAAUAAAUCACUCUUUUAAAAAACAUGGGUAUUGUUUUAAUAAGCUUUUAAAUGGUAUUUAGUAUGCAGUGGUGCUUUGGUGAAGCUUGUUAAACUCCAAUUAGACACACAAGUAUAAAAUAAUCCAAACUAAUUUACAUUGCAAAUUAUUCAGCCAAGAAACACUGUACCUUUGAAAAGGUGACUAGCUUGUGGCAGGCACCUGACUAUUCAGCGACUAGUGUGAGAAACUAACGUAGCAGUCUUCAUAUUCACUCUGCUCCUGCUCUCUCCUCUAAAAUGCAC